AUAAUAAGUCUUCCUUCCAAAGUUGCCUGCCAUGCCGACUGUCAUUAGUGCAACUGUGGCCACAAGGACAGGGGCUGAGCCCAGGUCCCCAGGGCCAAUUCCUCAUCCGGGCCAAGGCAAGACUACCGAGGCUGGAGGCGGACCCCCAGGUGGCAUCUACUCAGCCAUCAUCAGCCGCAACUUUCCGAUUAUCGGAGUGAAAGAGAAGACGUUUGAGCAGCUCCGCAAGAAGUGCUUAGAGAAGAAAGUUCUUUAUCUGGAUCCCGAGUUCCCACCGGACGAGACGUCUCUCUUUUAUAGCCAGAAGUUCCCCAUUCAGUUUGUCUGGAAGAGACCUCCGGAAAUUUGUGAGAAUCCUCGAUUUAUCAUCGGUGGAGCCAACAGGACUGACAUCUGCCAAGGAGAUCUGGGGGACUGCUGGUUUCUUGCAGCCAUCGCUUGCCUGACCCUGAAUGAGCGGCUGCUUUUCCGAGUUAUACCCCAUGAUCAAAGUUUCACUGACAACUAUGCAGGGAUCUUCCACUUCCAGUUCUGGCGCUACGGAGACUGGGUAGAUGUGGUUAUUGACGACUGUCUGCCGACAUACAACAACCAACUGGUCUUCACCAAAUCCAACCACCGCAAUGAGUUCUGGAGUGCUCUGCUGGAGAAGGCUUAUGCCAAGCUCCAUGGUUCCUAUGAAGCUCUGAAGGGUGGAAACACCACAGAAGCGAUGGAGGACUUCACAGGAGGGGUGACAGAGUUUUUUGAGAUCAAGGAUGCCCCCAGUGACAUGUACAAGAUCAUGAGGAAAGCCAUCGAGAGAGGCUCCCUCAUGGGCUGCUCCAUUGAUGAUGGCACGAACAUGACUUACGGAACUUCUCCUUCCGGUCUGAACAUGGGGGAGUUGAUUGCGCGCAUGGUGAGAAAUAUGGAUAACUCGCUGCUCCGGGACUCAGACCUGGACCCCAGGGGCUCAGAUGACAGGCCGUCACGGACCAUUGUUCCUGUGCAGUAUGAGACGAGAAUGGCCUGUGGGCUGGUCAAAGGUCAUGCCUAUUCAGUCACUGGGCUGGAGGAGGCCCUGUUCAAAGGCGAGAAGGUGAAGCUGGUGCGGCUGCGGAACCCCUGGGGCCAGGUGGAGUGGAACGGCUCCUGGAGCGAUGGUUGGAAGGACUGGAGCUUUGUAGACAAAGAUGAGAAGGCCCGUCUACAACACCAGGUCACCGAGGAUGGAGAGUUCUGGAUGUCAUAUGAUGACUUUGUCUACCAUUUCACAAAGCUGGAGAUCUGCAACCUCACAGCCGAUGCCCUGGAGUCUGAUAAGCUUCAGACUUGGACAGUGUCUGUAAACGAGGGCCGCUGGGUGAGGGGCUGUUCUGCUGGAGGCUGCCGCAACUUCCCAGACACUUUCUGGACCAACCCACAGUACCGUUUAAAGCUCCUGGAGGAGGAUGAUGACCCCGAUGACUCUGAGGUGAUCUGCAGCUUCCUGGUGGCUCUGAUGCAGAAGAAUCGACGCAAGGACCGGAAGCUGGGGGCCAACCUCUUCACCAUCGGCUUUGCCAUCUACGAGGUUCCCAAAGAGAUGCACGGGAACAAGCAACACCUGCAGAAGGACUUCUUCUUGUACAACGCCUCCAAGGCCAGAAGCAAAACCUACAUCAACAUGCGGGAAGUGUCCCAGCGCUUCCGCCUGCCCCCCAGCGAGUAUGUCAUCGUACCCUCCACCUACGAGCCCCAUCAGGAGGGGGAGUUCAUCCUCCGGGUCUUCUCUGAAAAGAGGAAUCUCUCUGAGGAAGCUGAAAAUACAAUCUCUGUGGAUCGGCCAGUGAAAAAGAAAAAAAACAAGCCCAUCAUCUUCGUUUCAGACAGAGCAAACAGCAACAAGGAGCUGGGUGUGGACCAAGAGGCAGAGGAGGGCAAAGGCAAAGCGGGGGACGAUAAACAAGGGAAAGCCCCACAGGCUCGGCCUGGUCACACGGACCAGGAGAACGAGGAGCAGCAGCAGUUCAGGAACAUCUUCAGGCAGAUCGCAGGCGACGACAUGGAGAUCUGUGCAGAUGAACUUAAGAACGUCCUCAACACGGUGGUGAACAAACACAAGGACCUGAAGACACAAGGGUUCACGCUCGAGUCCUGCCGAAGCAUGAUAGCACUCAUGGAUACAGAUGGCUCUGGGAGACUGAAUCUUCAAGAGUUCCAUCACCUCUGGAAAAAGAUCAAGGCCUGGCAGAAAAUCUUCAAACACUAUGACACAGAUCAUUCCGGCACCAUCAAUAGCUAUGAGAUGCGAAAUGCAGUCAACGAUGCAGGCUUCCACCUCAACAGACAGCUCUAUGACAUCAUCACCAUGCGCUACGCGGACAAACACAUGAACAUCGACUUUGACAGCUUCAUUUGCUGCUUCGUCAGGCUGGAAGGGAUGUUCCGAGCUUUUAAUGCAUUUGACAAGGACGGAGAUGGAAUCAUCAAGUUGAAUGUUCUUGAGUGGCUGCAGCUUACCAUGUAUGCCUGAGCCAGACAGGCCUCAUGCAAGAUCAACCAGAAUUCCAACUCAAUCCGACACAGCUGGAACCUUUUACCACUGAGAACCCAGUAGCCGCACCUCCACCGAACCCACGGGGCUUCUGCUCAUGGUCCUUUUCCACUUUGCCCCAAGUCUUGGUGCACAGCCUGUUGCCACCUGGGAGGUCUACGGAUUCUCAACUGCCCUCUUAGCUUACACUGGGCUGUCCACAGCACCUGCCAAGUGGCACUCACUCACACAGGAGUCUGCACUCAGUUCUGCCAGCUUUAGGAUGGGUCUACUCUGGGGUUAACAGGGCUGAUACUCUAGGGUAUCUGACAAAAAUAUGACUACAUUCUGCAAAAAAGCUAUCUAAAUAAAGGCAC